UGAUAAUAGAUGGUCUUUGUACAACAGCAGAGUCACAGGCAGAGUCAACUGAAUUCAUGUUUAAUGUGAAACAGUAAUGUACAAGCAGGGUUCAGAUUCCUGUGCUUCUUGGAGUGCAGCUCAGUCUACAGACAGUUGAGCUGAGUUAAACAGACUUCACAGGCCACAUGGAGACACGGCAGCAGAUGAAAGACACCCUGCAGCUGUGCAUAGACAGACGUAAAGACGAGCUGUGCUGUCUGAGUCGGGACAUUUGGAGCCGUCCUGAACUCGCCGGCAACGAGACAUAUGCGCACGAAAGGCUGGUCCGCUUCUUCACUCAGGACGACCAGAGGUGGACGGUCCAAAGUCACUACAAGCUGCCGACCGCAUUCCGGGCCAGCUGGGGCCCGGUCGGUGGCGGGGAGGGUGACCCGGUGCUGAACGUGGGGUUCCUGUGCGAGUACGACGCGCUGCCGGGCGUCGGGCACGCCUGCGGCCACAACCUCAUAGCAGAGGCGGGAGCUGCGGCCGCUGUGGGGCUGAAAGCUGCUUUAGAAAACCGGACUGAACUACCUGUACCGGUGAAGAUAACUGUUCUGGGAACACCUGCAGAGGAGGCCAUAGGAGGAAAGAUCGACCUGAUCAAGGCGGGGGCCUUCUCAGACGUCGACCUCGUCUUCAUGGCUCAUCCAGCUCAGCAGGAUGUGUCCUUCCUGCCCUGUGUCACGCUCGUUGAGGUGUCGGUGAAGUACCACGGGAAGGCAUCUCAUGCUUCUGCGUACCCCUGGGAGGGAGUGAACGCCCUGGAUGCUGCUGUUCUGGCCUACAACAAUGUCUCUGUUCUCAGACAGCAGCUGAGGCCGGAGUGGAGAAUUCACGGCAUCAUCAAACAUGGAGGGGAGAAGCCCAACGUUAUCCCCGCCUACACUGAGUUAGAGUUUUAUCUGCGCACGCCACUGGUUAAGGAUCUUUGUGACCUGAAGGCCAGAGCGGAGGCUUGCUUCAGGGCAGCUGCUGUUGCAACUGGUUGCCAAGUGGAGAUAACGUACCCAACCCCUGCCUACUAUAACAUUCUGCCUAAUGCCACACUGGCAAACCUGUAUGAAAAUAAUGGAAAAGCUUUAGGGAUUCAGUUUCCAGAGCAGCCAGCCAACUUCUCUGGUUCCACAGACUUUGGCAACGUAUCAUUCAUAGUUCCCGGUAUCCAUCCUUUCUUCUACAUCUGCACCGAUGCGUUCAACCACACAGAGGAAUACACCGAGGCAGCAGGAGCUGAAAGGGCCCAGUUGUACACCCUGAGGACAGCCAAAACCCUGGCUAUGACAGCUGUGGAUGUAGUGUGCUGCCCUGAUCUGCUCAGGCAAGUGAGAGAGGACUUCAGUCUGGCCAGACUGAAACAGGAGAAAUGACUAGAAUGCAAUGAUGUAGCUCUGACAGCUCCAUAAACACACCAACUUUUAUGAUGAUAAUAGGACAAAUAAAAAGGAAUUCAAGGACAGUUAAGGGUGUCCUAGGGUGGAGGGAUAAAGCUGGAAAACUGCAAUUCACUGAGGAAUCUAAUAUAACAACAGAGCCCCUGAGUAUCUCAAAGACCACCUUCAUCGAGUGAGAAAGAAUGGAAGAAGUAACCUCUGCAUAUUAAUAUAACAAGCAGCAGCCACUGUUUUAAAAAAGAAGGUAAAGUUAUGGCUUAUCGGAAACAAAGAAGUAAUUUUAAGUGGCUCACCACUUUUGUCUAGACAGAAACAUUUGAACAGUUAUUGGAUGCAUUAAGGUGAUAUUUUGUACAGACAUUCAUGGUCCCCAGAGGAUGACGACUACUGACUUUAACAAUCCCCUGGCUUUUCAUCUUCCACCACCAAGUUUUUACUUAUUCUGUGGAAUAUUUCAACACACUGGAUGGAUUGGCACAGCAUUUUGUACAGACAUUCAUGAUCCCCAGAGGAUUUAUCCUAUUUGACAUUUCCUCACUUUACCACCACCAUAAAGUUGACAAAUGUGCUUUUUAGUGAAUUUUCUUGACAACUGUUGGAUAAAUUGUAUUGGAGUUUGGUUUAAAGGCUUGAAGUUAACUUUUACUUUAGUGUCCAGUAUUUUGGUUUGUGAUUAAAUAUCUGCAAAACUAAUCACAUUCACAUCAGUUUCAGCUGUAGUUUUGUUUGAUGGUAAUUAGCAAAUGCUAGCAUGCUAACACACUGAGAUCAGUUAGCAUUUAGCCCAAAACACUGCUGUGUCUAAGUAUAUGCUGCAAAAUAUUUGUCUUUUUUUUUUAGAUUUUGGACUUGGAGUGAUAUAUAAUGAUAUAGGUAAUUCUUUUUAAUUUGCUGGUAGGAUGAUGACACCCGGUCACUGAGACUCUUGCAUCUUUGCAAUCUUUAAAUGAAGAACUACAACACAGAAAUAAGCUUAAACUUUAUUACUCUAUCCUUGACUUUUGCGAUACGAUGUCCUUCUUCUUGUAAUGUCAACUAAACUAAACUAAACCCAACUAAAUAACUAAAUAAUUAGAUGGUAAUUUCCGCUCUCAGGUAUAUGUCCCACUUGACCCAAUCAGAGGUGGUAUUGCUUUGAGUUCUGCCUCUGUUCUGCCUCAGUCUAUUCACACACUUAGAUUUCUGGGUAUGUUUUCAGCAGCACACAGGUCGAUUCAGUGGUCACAGAUGGUUUGGAAACUCAGGUUCUGGACGUCUUUUUGAUGUUUAAAUCCCUUUCAUGUCUUUCUGCUGCAGUGGUACUUUUGUUCAGGUUUAUUGUUGGAUUACAGUACAGACAGGGUGAACUGUCACCACACCCUGUGGGACUUCACUUGGAUAAACGCAAAGGUUUUAAAAAAAAAAAAGAGAGAGAGAGAAAGAAACACUCUUCAACGUAAUCCACACUUUUGCCUGUAAGAAAAAAAUAGGUAUAAUGUAAUACACAUAUCCUUUUACAUCACAUGUGAGCUGUUAAUGGUAUUACAGAACAUGCAGUUUACGUGAUUGGGCAUAAACGCUCAUCAGCAAGCAGACCUGUGCCAGAGAGGAAAGAGAAACUCUAGAGAUGGUAGCAAUCCCAUUGUCUUAAUAACUGUGAAAGCUUGUCCCCCAGCACAGUUUAAAUAUACUGUAUAAGAGAGCAGGCAAAUGGGAUUUCUUUCCGGGGGUACCAAGACUCAAGAAGUCGUACUGGUGAAAUGUCACUAAGUGCUUCUACUGACACAAAAUUUAUGGUCAAAUCUUUUCUGUUUUUGUUUGUGUUUUAAUUGAUGUCUGCAGAAAAAAACAUUCUCAGCCAUGC